GGGCCUGUUGCAUCGCCGGUCACUAUAUAUUUCCGUUUCAGCGUGCCCAAACCAAAACCCAACCUUCCGUUCUCUAUUUUUCCAUCGCUGCAAUCUCAAUCUCUGUAUGUAUCUAUCUAUCUAACAAACAACCCAGAAAGGAAGAACAACAAAUCUGAGAAAACACAAGGAGGGGUUCAUAUUCGCAGAUUUCCGGUUUGAUUUAUAUGUUGCAUUUUGGGAAAUUCAAUGCAAUUAAACGGGAAGCUAUCAUGCUUAUGGAUCUGAAUGGAAUCCUUUGUUGGUCUGUGAACGCACCAGCUUGGUAGUAAGAAUCUAGCCCUGUAUAAACCACUCGGUUAUAAUGAUUGUUGCGGGAAUUCAGCUUUGGAAGCAGAUGGGUAAUUAUAUUUAUGACGAGAAACUAAAAAGAUUGCAAAAACUAGUAUCAAGCCUGGCAAAGGAGAUCCAUUACAAAAACCAUAGGUUGCUGGAUAUGGAGCUCAACUAUAAUGAUAAAUCUUCAACUUUGCGCAAAAUUGUCAUGAGCUUGACGGAAGAGAUCUAUAUCAAGGAUGAAAAGUUGUUUGAAAUGGAGUGCAAUUACACUGAGGCCUCUACAACUGUUAGCAGAUUACAGGAGGAGAAGGAAAGAAUGAAAGAAGCCUGCGUUGAAGAGAGCGUGAUGGAUCACAGUUCAGGAGAGGAUAUGGACGUAAGUGAGUCUGAAAUUGAAGAAUAUGAAGGAAAUCUUAUGAAGGACUGAAUAGUGGAAGGCAUCAGGUCAAAGUAUCUGAUGAGGCAUUCAGUUGCCCUUACCAUCCAAAGAAACGAAGGCUGGACUUUCUGUUUAAAGAACUCUUACAGCAUGCUACUGGGGUAGGGAUGUUAUGUGUUUGAGGAUCAAAAGUUUCGUGACCAGAAGCCUGGAAAGUUGUGUUGAUUCAAGUGUCAGAUAUGUCACAUUAAGCUUUUGACUGUUAUUUCAGAGGCAAAAGAGGAACACCAUAAGAAAAUAAUUGAACUGGAAAAGAAAUUGGAUGCCAAACAAGCACUGGAGGUGGAAACUGAGCAACUGAGAGGGAAAUUGAAUGUUAUAAAUCACAUGGGAGAUGAUGGUGAUUUAGAAGUCCUGGAAAAGCUUCAGGAACUGCAGAAAAUAUUGAGAGAAAAGGAAAGAGAUCUUGAAGACUUAGAUGCUUUACACCAAACUCUAAUAGUGAGGGAGUGGAAGAGCGAUGAUGAGCUGCAGGAUGCAGCAUGUUGUGCAGUUCCUGAACCUUUUGUAGAUAUUCUAAACCACCAUGAGUUCCAGGUGCUUCAUAACAUUCAAGAGCAAUAUGGACAUUUACAUUAAUCAAUUCUUUGUGUGCAUCCUACAGCUCAGUACUGCCUUUUCGCUCCCUCACUUUUAGAGUUUGGUUUAAUGCAUAUAAGUCUUCAAGGUGAUAUUCUUUUUCUCUCAGCAUGUUGUGCAGUUCCUGAACCUUCUGUAGAUAUUCUAAACCUCCAUGAGCUCCAGGUGCUUCAUAACAUUCAAUGUCCCUCUGAGUUGCUCAAUUUCCAGGUCUAGUACUUGUUUGGUAUCCAAUUGUUGUAUUGCUCUUGCUUAAUUUUGAUAAUAAGAAAUAGUUAUUUGAACAAAGUUUUCUCAUGUUCUCUUAUGUAAUUAAAAGAACUCUUUCCAAAGAGUUUUUCAAAAGCAAACUAGCAAAGCAAUUUUUUGGGACAAAAAGUUUCCAAAUUCUUUCAAACAUGCUUCCAAACAUUUCUUAGAUCUGUCUUAAAAAUCUUUACAUAUUUGUGGAAGCUUCCUUUUCUAGUAUGAUUGGUUUCCAAAUGCUUGAACAUUCAAUCUUAUGUUAGAAAUUUCUCCAGGCUUGAUGAGGUUUCAAAUGUAGGUGAUUUCCGAAAAAGAUUGAAGAUUCAAUCUUGUGCUAAAAGUUCUGCAGCCUUGGCAAAUUUUCCAAUUUAGGUUGAUUUCCAAAAGAUUGAAGAUGCUCAACAUAUUCUAAGAGACCAUUUUCAAGGAGAACUAGAGGUUCCUUGGAAUUUCAAGUUUAAUCACUUCAAAGAAGAAAGAUUCGAGGUGGCACUUUGGAGGAAAUUAAUCUGAGGGACUGAGCAUUACUUAACCACCUUACUUUGCAGAAUUGUCGUGAGCUUGACUAAAGAGAUCUAUAUUGAGGACAAAAAAUUGUCUAACAUGGAGCACAAGUACAAUGAAGCCUCUCAAUUGUUAGAAGAUUAAAGGAGGAGAAAAAAAGAAGGAAAGAGGCCUGCAUUGGAGGGUUUGUUGACACCCUAUAUAAACAUCCCUUGAUGUAUCUCAGAAGAUGGGAUCAGAUUGAUUAUUUAACUCGAAAGCAAGCUGCAAAUCCAUGGUCUAAUCUUUGAGAAACUGCAAAAAGUUCACGCAGAUUAAGAGAGCGCUAUGGAUCCCAGUUCAGGAGAGGAUAUGGACAUAAGUGAGUCUGAAAUUGAAGACUAUGAAGUGAAAGAGUAUGAAGCGCUGAAAGGUGGAAGGCAUCAGGUCAAAGUAUCUGAUGAGGCCUUCACUUGCCCUUACUGUCCAAAGAAACAAAAUCAGGACUUUCUGUUUAAGGAACUCUUACAGCAUGCUAUUGGAGAAGGGACGUGUACUUCAAAGAAGCAGACUGCAAGGUAUCGGGCAAAUCAUCUAGCAUUGGCAAAAUACAUGGAAAAGGACAUAGGAGCAGUUGCCAGUCCAUCAGAACCUGUGGCUGUGGAGCCUGAUGCCCUUGCAAAUUGUGACUAUGAAGAGAUGUUUGUGUGGCCGUGGACUGGAAUCGUUGUUAACAUCCCGACUCAAUGGAUGGAUGGACGUUAUGUGGGGGAAAGUGGUUCCAAGCUUAAGGACCAGUUGAUAAGGAGAGGGUUCAAUCCAAUUAGAGUUCGUCCACUCUGGAAUUAUCGUGGUCACUCGGGCACUGCUAUUGUGGAAUUUAACAAGGACUGGUCUGGUUUCAACAAUGCUAUGUCAUUUGAGAAGGCCUAUGUGACAGAUCAUCGUGGGAAAAAGAACUGGAAUGCCUCUAAAGACCAAGGAACUGAUCUGUAUGCUUGGGUUGCCCGUGCUGAUGACUACAAUUCUAACAGCAUUAUUGGGGAUGAUCUUCGCAAGAUUGGAGACCUUCGAACUAUCUCUGAUAUCAUGGCAGAGGAGGAUAGGAAAGCAAGUAAACUUGUAUCCAAUUUGACAAAUUUGAUUGAGGUAAAAAAUAAGCACUUGGUAGAGAUGGAGAGAAAAUUCUCCGAGACUUCAAAUUGCCUUAACAAGUUAAUUGAGGAGAAAGACAGGCUUCAUCAAUCUUAUAAUGAAGAGAUAAAAAAGAUUCAAAUGAGUGCAAGAGAGCACUUCCAGAAGAUCUUUAACGACCAUGAAAAGCUCAAGUCGCAACUGGACUCUCGAAAGGAGGAGCUUGAACUUCGAAGAAAAGAAUUGGAGAAGCGUGAGGCCCAGAAUGAAAAUGAAAGGAAAAGGCUUUCUGAAGAGCUUGAAAAGAAUGCUUUAAAAAAUAGUUCACUUCAGAUGGCAGCUACAGAGCAAAUGAAAGCUGAUGCAAAUGUUUUGAAAUUGGCUGAGGAUCAGAAGAGGCAAAAAGAGGAACUCCAUAAGAAAAUAAUUGAAUUGGAAAAGAAAUUGGAUGCCAAACAAGCACUGGAACUGGAAAUUGAGCAACUGAGAGGGAAAUUGAAUGUUGGAAAGCACAUGGGAGAUGCUGGUGAUUUAGAAGUUCUGGUAAAGCUUCAGGAACUGCAGAAAAUAUUGAGAGAAAAGGAAAGAGAUCUUGAAGACAUGGAUGCUUUACACCAAACUCUAAUUGUGAGGGAGAGGAAGAGCAAUGAUGAGCUGCAGGAUGCUCGUAAAGAAUUGAUUAAUGGCUUGAAAGAGAUGCCAAGACAUGGUGAUGUUGGCGUCAAGAGGAUGGGUGAACUUGACAACAGACCCUUUUACGAAGCAGCAAAGAGAAAGUAUAAUGCGGCAGAGGCAGAAGUGAGAGCAGUUGAGAUAUGCUCUUUGUGGGAGGAGUACAUUCGAGAUUCCAAUUGGCAUCCUUUUAAAGUCAUCCUGGUUGAUGGGGAAGCACAGGAGAUCAUAGACGAGGAGGAUGAAAGAUUGAAAGGUCUGAAGAACGAAUUUGGUGAUGAGGUAUAUGAUGCUAUUGUAAUGGCUUUGAAAGAGAUGAAUGAAUGCAACCCAAGUGGGAGAUAUGUUGUCCCCGAAUUGUGGAACUAUGCCCAGGGGAGGAGAGCAAGACUAACAGAGGGACUCGUGGUUUUGAGAGAGAUGUUUAAACGCAGGAAUCUGAUCGCCUGAUUGUCAAGGGUUUUUAGUAAUGGAUGAUGAUAUUUGGUCCUCUUUAAUGGCUUUGUGGUUAUGGAUGAACUCUCUCUUAAUAUUCCUCUUUGUUGUUAUUCAAACAAGUUUGGACCAACUAUUGAAUCU